CAUAACAAUUUUAAAGUCUCAAACUCACUACAAGCUACAAAACUUUUUUUCUUUUUUCACUUAAAACAUAUUCACACACACACUAACUUUCUAUAUACAUAUAGCUUAUAGUAAAACCAUAUAAAAAAAUUUUAAUCAAGGUCUAAGUUAUCAUGGAUAUGGUGAUGAAGUUGGGAUCAGAAAGUCCAGUGGUGAUUCUUAGCAAGAGCACUUGUUGCAUCUCUCACAGCAUCGAAACCCUAAUUCGAGGUUUUGGAGCAAACCCUAUGGUUUACGAGCUCGAUAAACUUUCAAAUGGGAAGGAAAUGGAGAAGGCAUUGAUUGAAUUACUAGGGUGUAAAUCAAGUGUGCCAGCAGUGUUUAUUGGAGAAGAGUUUGUUGGUGGUUCAAAUGAGAUUAUAAGUCUUAAUGUUAGAGGCAAGCUUAAAAAAUUGCUUCUAAAGGCUAAUGCUAUUUGGAUAUAGAGAUCAACUUAAUAGUUAACAAACUAAUCAGGGACGUAAUCAGAAAU